AUGACGACCGCAGGCGUAUCCAAAGCGCUUCCAAGGUUUCUCCUACCCAAACUGAGCUGGCAAGCUUCGCCCAUGCAACAACAAACAUUCCGAGCUCUAAGCACUCAGUCCAGCUAUAUCGCGCCCUCUAGGCACAGAGGCGCAAUUUCCAGCAAGUCCCUCACUCGCAAAAGACAAGAUGGCAUCCCGCGCCCCAGAUGCAGCAUCCUGCAAAACCCCUCCCACCACCGAGCCUUCCACGCCACGGCCCGCCGGUCCCGCGACCACCACUUCGACACCCUCAAGUUCGUGCAGAGGCUGAAAGAAGAGGGAUUCACCGAGGCCCAGUCCGUCGCAAUGAUGAAGGUGCUCAGCGACGUUAUCGAAGAAAGUAUCCAAAACCUCACGCGCACCAUGGUCCUCCGCGAAGACCAGGCCAAGGCAACCUACACGCAGAAAGUCGACUUCGCCAAGCUCCGCUCCGAGCUCCUCUCCGCCGACUCCACCGAGGUAGCCACCACGCGCGCCUCCCACGAGCGCCUCACCAACGACCUCGCGAAGCUGAACAGCCGGCUGCGGGACGAGGUGGUCAGGACUCAGGCGUCGGUGAGGCUGGAUCUUAAUCUGGAGAAGGGGCGGAUCAGGGAGGAGGCGAAAGUGCAGGAGCUCAAGAUCAAGGAGACGGAGAUGAAGAUUGAGCAGGAGGUAGGCGGGUUGCGGGAGAAGCUGGAGGCGGUCAAGUUCCAGACUUUGCAGUGGCUUAUGGGGGUAUGCACAGGUACCGCGGCCUUGAUUCUUGGUGCAUGGAGGUUGUUGAUGUAG